UCAGGAAGAAAACAAUAACAACAUCACGUGUUCGCAGCGCAGCGUCGGCGAGACGUUCUUAACUCUGAACAAUAUCUUUAAACACACUGCAGGAGUCUGACAUUAACAACACAUACACAUACAUGUACAUGUAGAAAUAUGUAAUAAAGGUGUCGGGCUGUGAUUCUAAGCGUGUGAAGAGCGGAGGUGUUUCGCGUUCGUCUUCAGAAGAUCCGCAGCUCUGUAGAGAUGGAGGAGAAGCACAUGCAGUCAGUUCUGAUCGCUCUGCUCAGACAGGACCAUGUCCAGCUGUGGACGGAGCCCUUCAUCUCUGACCAGCAGAAGAUCCGGGAGCUGGCUCAGAAAUACGUGUCAGCCACUGAGUUCUCUCUGGAGGAGGUGAUCUUCACUCUGGAGAGCAUCAGAGCAGACACCAGCAGGAAAGAUGAAGGGAACAAGCAGUUUAAAGAGACAGCAGUGGCCUCGCUGGAGCUCCACCUGCCCAGAACAGCAGAGAAUAACAGAAGCAGAGUUCAUUUAAAAACCAAGCUGGACAUCACCGCGCAAGAGCUGAAGAAACAGAUCAGUGAGGAGUACGGCUUCACACACUUCAAUCUGAUUUUGUCUGGGAAGAAGCUGGCUCUAGGGAGGAGGCUCGAUGAACAGAACGUGAAGAACAACAGUAAGAUGAUGGUGCUGAAGGUGUCCUCGCAGCAGGAGAAGAGCGAGAUGCUGGAGGAGGAGGAGAAGAAGCGCAGGCAGGAUGAAGGAGUGCAGAGAACGCAGAAGGGUUUCCAGAUCCUGUCAGAGAGAGACGGGAGUGAAGAUCCAGUCUCCACCCCGUUCUUAGAGAUCGCGGAUCAGAAAGGAAAUCCGCUGCAGAUCCCUGACAGCGAGAGGAAGGCUCUGAUCCUGGCGAUGGGUUUCCAUGAGAAAGGUCGAGCUCUGUUGAAGAAGAGGAACCACAGCGCCGCUCUGUGUCACCUGCUGCAGGCCGACGAACAGUUCAAUAAGUGUAACUCGGCGCUGCUGAAGACGGUGGAUAACUACGCCGUGCUGCAGCUGGAUGUGGUUUGGUGUUUUCAGGCUCUGCAGCAGCUCGACUGUCUGAACGACGCCAGACAGCGUCUGGAACGAGCCGAGGAGUGCUUCAAGAGAUGCUACGGAGAGCAGCAGAGCCGGCUGCAGCAGAUCAAGGGUCACACCGGAGGAGAGGACGUGCUGUUUCUGAGGCUCUAUCUGCUCCAGAGUCUGCUGGCCUACCAUGAUGGCAAGAAGAACCAAGCGUUCAACAAGCUCAGAAACGUGGAGGAGCUGCUCGGUCAGCUGUGUCUGGACCCUGAGAAGAUGCUCCAGCUGAUGACUCUGGGUUUCUCGGAGCAGGAGGCGCGUCUGGGUCUGAGAGCCUGUCGAGGAGACGUGGAGGCAGCGGAGCGGCUCAUCUCGCAGAGGAAGAAGGAGAAGAAGGAGCUGAAGGAGCGAGAGCGGGAGAAAAGGAGAUGCCGUCUGCAGGACAUCAACACACUGGUGGAGCUGGGCUUCAGUAAGAGAGAUGCCGCCAGAGCCCUCCAUCAGACCAGAGGAGACGUGGACAAGGCCUACACGGUUCUGCUGGAUGGCGCUGAAGCUCAGAGUUCAGACGGACAGACUAAGCUGGAUCAGUGUGAGAUGAUGCUGAUGCUGAUGAUGCUGUGUGUGUUUAUUCAUGACUCCAAUGUUGUGUGUGUGUGUGCAGCUUCAGCUUGGAGUCGUCUGGACGAGGAUCUGGUGAACGAGGUUCUGGAGGACAUUCCCCGACACGAGGAGGAUUAUCUGGAUCUGACGCUGGACGAGGAGAAGGAGCUGCUGCUGCAGAUCAGAUCCAGUCUGGAGAAGCAGAGCUCCUCACCUCCAGAUCGCUCGUGAAUCACUUCCAGAAAAUAUAUGUGAUGCCCUUUUAUUUCUUUCAGAUAGCAGAGAAUCAAAAAAAGAAAAUAACCUUAGAUUUCUACAAUAAUUGGAGUCAUAUUUGAAGCUUGAUUGAUGACGUCAAAGAACGAUCGCUUUAUCUUUAUUAGAAGAUUCGUUGAAGGGAACAUGUUUGAUGGUAAUUCUACACUAAUUUCAUGAUCAGUUCAGUUUAAGUGCUUUCAGUUCUGACUCUGUUUAUAAUGUUCGUCUCCUGAAGAUGUUUGUUAAACGCAAUAAAGAUUCUCUCGUUGUGAUUAUUAACUGCAUGUUGUGCAAUAGCUCAUUUUUUA